AUGUAUAAUUUGGGAGCUCGAAAGUUCGUCUUGUUCGGUGUUCAACCACUUGGAUGCAACCCUGCCUUUCAGCAGCAAAAUAACAACACAUGCAAAGCUGAUCUCAACUAUGGAGCUGUAAAAUUUAGCGGCAUUAUGAGAUCCUCAAUAAGCAAACUGAUUGAAACCAUGCCAUCUGCUCAAUUUGUCUACGUGAAUGCCUACAACAUAACCGAGAACAUCUACAAGAACCCGGGUUCUGAGGGAUUCAAGGUGGUGAAUAAGGCUUGUUGUGAGACCAAUACGGACUUCCCGCCGGGCGUUGCAUGCGUACCAGAGAGCAAACCGUGCGGGAACAGGGACGCGUACAUGUUCUAUGAUGGUGCACACUGCAGCACCGCUCUGUACCGAAUCUUAGUAGAGAAGGCCUUUCUCUCCCAGGACGCAAUGGAAGUUUAUCCUUACAACAUUUUGCAUCUUUCUACAAUUUAA